UACCGCAUGUUACGAAAGUACCGUGAGGUGGUCAACAGGUAAAAAGACGGUCGUUCAGAUAGUUUUCGUUCUCGGUGAGGUUCUUUUGGGCGUUUAGUGAACGUUAGUUGACACUUCCUCAUUGGUGGGCUCAUUUCUUCGCAUAGCCUGCUUGCUCGCUCACUGUAUCUUCGAUUUGCCUGAAUAUUCAGCAGGAUCAAAGUGUGUCGGUUUUCCUUCUGUGAAUGGUGUGCUUUCGACGUCUCUGAUUCGGACUUGGGAUUAUCUGAUCGGCGAAUGUCGUGAAAACUUUAGGCUUUUUAGGUUUUUUGAAAAUGAUAUGAAGUUUGUGUGCUGAUUUACGAAAAGGAAAUUCAACAAUUCAAAAAUGGAGCUGAAAUACAUAAUCUUGACCAUUAUUAAAAUACUGAUAUCAGUUCCGAGCAAUUUCCAUGUGAAUGCAGCAGCACUAAUGGGAGGAUAUAUGGAUAACAGUAAUAACACUCGGGACCUUCUCAACAUCUCAAUCGAUAGUGAUGGCACAUUCCAACAGGAAGAUUCUUCGAUGUACCGUUCUCAAAAUGAGAAUUACUCCGGCUCUUCAACAGAAACAACUGGCUCUGAAGAAAUUCCAGAUCCAUCUCCUCUAGUUAUACCAGGAUAUAAUUUACCAGAAAAUAUCUUCAACAAGGGAAAACCAUUCUACAUGGAGAAGGACCCAGUGACUGGAAAUAUAGACUUUACCAAUAAAACCUUAUCUCCGGUAGAAGAAGACUUUUACGAUUAUGAAGAAGAAGAGCAACAGCCUGAUAAUAUUUAUAGCAAAGCAAACAUAGAUCGGAAAGAUGGUAGUAUAGGUAGUCACAGGCCCAGCGAUAUCAAUCAACUCUCACCGAAUUUUCACGACUUUCUUAACCUUCCAAUCAAAUAUAAUCCUGAUAAAUACGUUUAUCCUUUGAUAUCGAGCAGUUAUGCCAACACGAAAGUACAAGGAAAUGUGAACAAGCAUCAUAACCAUAAGACUCACAUAAGUAAAUAUCCAACGUACAAACCAUCUAAUUCUUAUGGAUCUAACUCUUACAACAUUUUCGAACAUAAGGAAACAACAACAACGACAGCAAGUACACCUUCAACUACAGUCUAUGUCAAGUCAACACAAAAACCUAUCAGUUAUCCUAGUUUCAGUGAAGAUUUUUCUGAUGACUAUUAUGGUAGUUCAGAGAAAAUAAAGGAUGAAUAUGAUUAUCAAAAUAAGGAUAAUGUGGAAAGUACUUCAAAAAUUGCUGUUUCCUUCCUUACAACUACUACACCACCCCCACCAACAACAACUAGAAAAGUAAUUAGUUUGUUUGAUCAGUUAUUUGGUGAAUAUGAUGAAACCGUUUCCACUACAGAAAGAACUAAACUACCAUCACUUUUCAUGAAUUUACCAUCAAAUAAAAACAGAGAUAGCGAACCAUCCAGAAAUGAGGCAAGCUCAACAACACAAACCAACAUGAAAACUCCCAAUGUUGCAACAGGUUCAAACAUGGAAAUGGAUAAUCUCUAUGAAGAAUACGAUGAUUACUUUUACAAUAAUCCAAAGAGUUCAGAAGUUCCCUCAUCAAGUACUCGUUUGCCUACAUCACCUUCAACAUCAACGUCCACUACUACUACUACAACAACUACUACCACCACCACUACCACCACGCCACCUUCAACAACUACAACCACAAGAAAACCAAUAAAACCUUCUACAAUUUAUAAUUCCCAUAGUUAUAUGGAUUCUUUUUCGCCAAUGAUUCCUUCAACUACGAAGAAAGUAGAACCGUUCAGUGAAUCCAUUCUUUCUUCGAAAGUUACAUCACUACCUCUUGGUGAUAAUCACGUAACAACUCCUAAAAUAUCCUCCUGGUCAUCUAAUCAACAAGUACCACAAUCCAAUAAUUAUCAUCCUGUUAUUAUUGCAACUCAGAAUUUGAGGGAUCAGCUUAAUAACGAAAGAGUUGUUCCCAAACCUUUUUCAGUACACACUCAAUACGCCCCCAGCUCUAGUAGCAUACACAUUGCACCAGAUCAGGAUACAGUAUCCUUUGUGGUUGGUCACCAUCAAAAAACAGAUGGAAGUUCUUUUUCAACCAUCAAUUCACAAAAUGACUUCGAUUCAAAUUAUUACCAACCUGUGUAUGGAGAAGGAUCAUACGAAAAAGAUGAUAUAAUAUAUAACAACUCCCCGGACUCUGUUAUAUUCCAACAACCAUCAAUGAAACCUCACCAUGAAGUCAGUGGAAGUGUUGUUACAAUUCAAACGCAAACUAACUCAGAAGCUUCAUUAUCUAUUGGAGUUCCAGUUGAAGACGUUAAGAAGAUUCCUGGAAAAGUGAUGGACGCGAAACUGGAGCUGGAUAAUGAAGACUCAGGAUUAGCUUCAAUAGGUUCAAAAAUUGUUUUUCCCAAUGAGAAAGAAGUGUCGUUUGUCAGUCUUCAACCGCCAUUAUCUACAGUAAAUCCUCCGGUAGCUACGUCGAAUAGGGAGAUUCUCAAGUUGGCAUCCAAACCAAUGUUUCAUCAGCUUCCCAGUGAUUUAACACCUCCCAAAGAGAAAGAAGGUAAGCAUCCAAGUCGCAUAGAAGUUCCAAGACCACCAUGGGAUCCCAGACCAGGACAUUUCUUCAGUGGCAAGUUGGAAUAUUCUAGGCCACCUCGUCCAUUUCCAGAUGUCGCCUUCAAGAGAAUAGACACGUUGCCGAAUAUCCUUCCACAAUUUCGACCUAAUAUGAAUACACAUGGCCCAGGAGGUAUGCAUCAUCCACAUGGAAUACAUCGCGGACCUUCUAAUUUCUACGAUAACAGGUUACAUAGAGAACCUUUGCUAGAAAGACCCUCAAAUCGCCCAUUAGAAUUCUACGAAAACCUUCAACCACCUCCUUUACCCCCAAAAGGUCUACACCAUUACAGAAAACUUCCGCCAUUACCACAAGUAUCUCAACAUUUGGAACAAAGAACGCCAGUGGCUCAGGAUAGAAAAGGUGAAGAAUAUGUUAGGAAACAGCCACCAGUAUCGAAGAUAAUUUUAGAACCGCCAAAAGUAAUUGGGCACUUGAAGAAGGAAGAUGGUGCUGUGGAAACUUUACAGAUGUUGCAAGCUAAACAAACUGAGAAGAGUGAAUUGUAUCAGGAACCAGUUAAUAGUUUAUUCCAUGAAACGAAUAAGACGGAAAAGCCAGUAUACGUUGUGUAUCCUGUGAAUACUCCACCAAUUAAAUUGGAUGUAAUAGAUACUAAUAAGAGGGAGAGUGUGGUGAUAGGAACAAGAGCAGAACUUCCCUUACCACCAUCGGAAAUCAACAAAGAGUUCAUACAAGAUGAAGAUCCCAUUAUAGGAGUAAUCGACAGAAAUGAUGCUCCGAUUCUGAAACCACAGUCGAGACCAGCCGUUUUUCCUAUGAAGUCCGAUUUUCCUUACCCUCUUGAAAGACCGGAUAUUUCCGUUCUACAUCCUGUACCAGAUGCAACAAACAAUAGAAUUGGCUCAGAAGAUAUAUCGCGCCCAGAAAAUGAGGGAACCUUUAUUUCUAACAAUCAGUGGAAUACCUUAGAUGGUGGCCUUGAGUCAAGGAUCGUAACAGGACAUAAGAUCCACAAUAAUAUUUUCGCAGAAAAACCUAUAGCUGUUGCGUAUACGCCUACUGAACCUUCUGAACCAAGUGUGCAAAACGAAUUUUUCGUUCCUUCAUCGGAAUCUCCCAAUAUUCACUAUGUCUCCGCUAAAAAAGAAGUCGGUCAAAAUUAUCAGAGCGAAUCUAAUCCAUCCUUAUCCAACCAUAGAACUGAAGAUAACGCAAGCGAUAAUAUGAAUGUUAGAACGGAACAAGAUUUCCAAGCACCGUUUCAAGCUAGUGUUAAAGUUGACUCACCGUCACAAGGAUGGUCGGUGAUAAGAAGAAGUGACACAAAAUACAAAAGCACUGAAGACGUUGAGACGACAACUGUGGCGCAAGCUACUACUAGUGAGUUUGAUAUUGAAAAUUUCAAACCACAACUCGAAGGUGGAUUUCGACCGAUAUAUACAUUUAGGAGUGAAGAUGCGAACACCAAAGUAGAAGAAAGACAAGAAUAAGAGAAUAAAUUUUUCGAUUCACCUGAUUUUUGUGUAGUAACUUAUUUUCAACAUGAUAUUGGAGUUGAAAAAAAUGUAUAAGACUGAUAAUUGAAGAAGUCGCAUCUAUAUUGAUAAUGCCUAAUAAUUUUCGUAGCGAAAAAGAUAAUGGUUAUCUGAUUGAAUGUUAGGUUAUUAAUGGAAUAAGUUACCUCAUCUGUUUCUUGUUUUUUUUGAACAGCUCUCUCAUACAAAUUCAUAAUGCAUUAAAGGGAAGAAAUGUAAUAUUAUGUAACUUGGUUAAUAGGUGAUUUCUUGGUUAACUUCUUUUAUUAGACUUUAAGUGCUGUUAAGUUUAUAUUUUCAGAAUAUUUCUGAAGAAUUGGGUAUAUUCAGUGAGAAUGUUAAUCUUUUGAUGAUUCUUACUGAAAAUGGGUAAUGAAAAUUUAGGACAGGAUAAAUGGGAUUUUAUAAUAAGCAAUGAAAAUCGUUGUCUGUAAUACAAGUUGGUUUAACCUCUGUUACGAAUUAUAUGAAAAGUACGUAUAGAUAUAAUUUUACUGGAAUCCUAUUUAUUUAAUUUAUUAUUUAUUUAUUUAUUAUUGCCGAUGUACAUAGUUGAUCUAAUCUUAUUGAAAUUAAAU